AUGCGCCUCCGCCUGGGGUCAUCGAGGGACGGCGAGGCGAGCGUCGUCGUCCUGGACCCGGCGUCCGGCCUCUGGGUGCCCCUCGUCGACGCCGUCAAGGGCGGCGGCCGCGGCGAGCGGUCCAAGUGGCCCCACGGCGACGGUCCCCUGCGCGACGUCACGGCCUUCCUGGGCCUCGGCCGCGAGAAGCGGCGCGCCGCCGCCGCCGUCGUCGCGGCCGCCGCGGCGACCUGCGGCGGCCGGGAGCCGCCGGCGGACCGCGUGCCGCUCGACGUCGCGAGCUUUCGCGACGCGGCGUUGUACGUGGCCCAUAUGGCGCAGGCGUCGAAGGGCUUCUUCCCCGUGGCGCUGUCCUGCGGCCACGCCGUGCAGCUCGUCCUCCAGAACAUUCUAGGCAAGGCCCUGCGGCUGCCGCGCGUUUUGGGCCCCUGCGGCGUGCCGCCCUUCUACGUGGGCAACCCCCGGACGAUCGUCCCGUCCGGCGCGGUCGCGCGGUGGCCGUCCUACGCGGGGCAGGAAAAGGGCGAUUCAACGUCCUACGUGGGCUGGCUCGACUACGAGCUCGAGGUGGCGUUGAUCAACGGCGCGACGCUCGGCGACGACCCGAGCGAGGCGGCCUGCGAGGAGGCCAUCCUCGAGUACGGCGGCUUCGUCGGGCGGCGGCGUCCGAGGACGGUGCUCAUCAACGACUUCUCCGCGCGCGACGUCCAGGCCGACGAGAUGGCGUCCGUGGGCUUCGGCUUCGUCAAGUGCAAGUCCUUCUGCACGGCCAUGGGCUCCGACGUCGUCACCGCCGACGAGCUCUGGAUGCACACGGACAUGGGCAAGAUGUUCUGCGGCGAGGGCCUCAAGUGCGAGGUCCGCGUCAACGGCGAGCCCCGGGGCCCGCCGGGCAACACGGCGGCCCGGCGCUGCUGCCUCCUGAGCGACUACGUCAAGCACGUCGCCCUCGGCGAGGGCCUCCACCCGGGCGAGGUGUUGGGCCUCGGCACGGUCCCGGGCUGCUGCGGCCUCGAGAUCGGCGAGUGGCUCAAGCCGGGCGACGAGGUCACGGUGGCCUGCGAGGGCCUGGGCACGGUGACGAACACGAUCCCCGCGCCGGUGGCGGGGCCCAACUUCCGCGACCUGGGCCGCGCGGAGCACCAGCCGGGGCGCCUCGCGUCCGCGUGGACCUUCCUCAAGCUCGCGUUUCUCGGCCCGCCGCUCGUCUUCGCGGCCAUGGUCGGCGGCUUCCUCGGCGCGCUCCUCUGGGCCGGCCCGAAGACGCCGCCGGGCCUCGCGGGCGUCGCCGUGGGGCCGGGCAGGGCCGCGGCCAAGGAGUGGGACGGCGCGCCGGGCGCGGACAACUCAGGCGUCGCGAAGAGCGCCAUCAUCGACAAGACGACCCUCGCCAAGGCCGACUGA